AAAAAACAAAUGCUGCGCCUCCGAUAAUGAUUAUUUAUUCACUGGGGUAAAGUGCAGUGGAGGUGGAGAGCACACGCCCGCCCCUCCAAAAUUUAUGGGACGCGAGCACACCAGCAAGCCCCACACCAAAAGCUGAGGAUCGGAGCAGCGCACGCAACGGGCAGCAGGAGACGGAGAUCGCGGAAUCCUUAUCUGCUCGCCGCGCCAUGGCCGCCGCCGCCGCCGCCGCGGUAGCCCACCUCUCCGUCCACGGCCGCCUCCGCCGCUCUCCGGAGCAUCGCCCGUCCACCUCCUCUUCCUCCGCACCCGCGCACCGGCCGUCCCUGCUGCGGUGCCGCGCGUUCAAGCAGGAGACCGACGGCGGCGGUGGCGACCGCGACAGCGACCCGUCCGAGCCCGACGCGCGGAAGCGCAGGAAGGGCCCGCUGUACAAGCUCAAGGCGGCGAUCCAGGGCCUCGCGGGCUCCCGCUCCGCCGCCGCGGAGGUCUACGGGGGAGAGCACCAGUACCAGCGCGCCGUCGAGAAGGCGGAGGAGAUCUUCUUCUCGGUUGCUACUCAGCUAGGCAGAUAUGCUAUCACUAUGAUGAGCAGUGGUGUUGUACUUGGGGUUGGAUUUCAGCUGUCAGGUUUGCCAUACACUUUCAAACUACUUUUCCCCCCUUUAGGUGGAGACAGCCAAAUGAACGAACUAAUUUGGUAUAGCUGGCUUGGUGGGGUGAUUAUCGGUACAAUGAUAGGUGCAAACAGUGUCCUGGAGGAACACUGCAAAGCUGGACCUCGCAAUGUCGUCAUAACUGGAAGCACAAGAGGGUUAGGAAAAGCACUUGCUCGUGAGUUUCUUCUUUCUGGAGACCAUGUUGUAAUUACUUCACGAAGUCCUGAAUCUGUCCUUCAGACUAUAACAGAACUUGAAGAGAACAUACAGGAAGGGUUAUCAGUUGCCAAAAAGAAAGAGAGGAAAAUUUUAUCCCAUGCCAAGGUUGUUGGUACAGCUUGUGAUGUCUGUAAACCUGAAGAUGUGAAGAAAUUAGUGAAUUUUGCUAUUAAUGAGCUUGGCUCAGUUGACAUUUGGAUAAAUAAUGCUGGCACAAAUAAAGGUUUUAGGCCACUGGUAACCUUUUCAGAUGAUGACAUUACUCAGAUCGUCUCAACAAACCUAGUUGGCUCUCUACUGUGCACUAGAGAAGCCAUGAAUGUCAUGCAAUACCAAGAGAAAGGAGGCCAUAUAUUUAACAUGGAUGGAGCAGGUUCUGGAGGAUCAAGCACACCACUGACAGCUGUCUAUGGUUCAACUAAAUGUGGACUAAGGCAGUUCCAAGGAUCACUUCUGAAGGAAAGCAGAAGAUCAAAAGUUGGAGUGCACACUGCCUCACCUGGUAUGGUCCUCACAGACCUUCUUUUAAGUGGUUCAUCCAUCAGAAAUAAACAAAUGUUCAAUUUAAUAUGUGAGCUUCCAGAAACAGUAGCCAGAACAUUGGUUCCAAGGAUGAGAGUUGUAAAAGGAAGUGGAAAGGCAAUCAACUACUUAACACCACCGAGGAUCUUGCUUGCUUUGGUUACUGCAUGGGUUCGACGGGGCCGAUGGUUUGAUGAUGAGGGGAGAGCGGUGUAUGCAGCUGAAGCUGACAGAAUUCGCAACUGGGCUGAAAGUCGAGCACGGUUCUCUUUCACCGAUGCCAUGGAGAUGUACACGGAAAACACAUGGGUUUCUGUAUUCUCACUCUCCGUGGUUUGUGCGUUCAUAAUUCUUUCCAGCUCAGGUGGACCUCUUCCAGGCACAUGAUUUCCAGAGUUGCCAAACUAGUAGAUGGUCAUACAUAUACUCAAUUUUGUCAACACCAAAGGCAUUCUACUAUGGGAAGGUAUAUGACACAACACUUAUGAAUGGGGAAGAAGAGAACCCCCACAAAUGUAGAUAGGUGCAAGGGAGAUUAGCUGCUGCUUCCUCGCACCAUUUAAGGUUUGGCUAACCAUGUGCUCAGAGAAGGGUAAAUAGAAUUUGUUGCGUGGGCAUCCACUGCCGUAAGUUAGACUAUGAUCUGUGACUUUUUUUAAGAACAUGUAUGCAAAGUUAACUGAGCAGGAUCAGAUUGCCUCGUGUACAUGCAUGUAGUAAUGAUAAUCACUGUAACUUCUGGUCUCGGUUGUACCCUUCAAAACUCUAAAUAGCGCUACAUUAUAUGUGAGUCGAAGAAGCGAAGUAGCAUGCACCAUAUAUGUAUACUGUUCAUCAUAAGAAACCUGGGGGUGUUAUGUGGUA